UAGCGUAGCGGGUAACAGGUUAGCCAUUAGGGAGUUAGCUAGCGGCUAGCUGUAGUAGUACCGCUCAGCUCGUUAAAUCAUAUUUUUUUGUUGUUUUCGCAGUAUCUUUAAAUGUCUUCCGUGUAGUGGACAUACUGUUGAUAGAAGACUGCAGCGUAAGAAAGCGAAGGUGGAGGUUUAGAGGCCGUGUGUUUGUGUUCUGUCAUUGUGUCACUGUCCCACACACACCCAUUUCGCUGGCAGCUGCCCAAGCUCUGCAGAGUACCUGCUCUCCAGGUUGAGUUGACUCUGCAGGGGAAGAUGUGCAAUGGAAUGUUAGAGUCAAUAUCAAAAGCCUUCUGGGCCCACACCUCAGCCACUAAACAGUCCUUCUUGUUGCUGCUGGUACUGACAGUAGUGUCCACUGGGCAAGGCUCAGGAUGUGUGAGGCCAUACAUGGUCCAGAACAGCUGGGUAAACCUCACAGAAACCAACAGGGGCUCGUUCCCUGUGGGCACAGUACUGCAGUACAGCUGUGACCCUGGUUACCUGCCAGACGGACCCAGCAUCCUCACCUGCACCACGCUGGGACGCUGGUCCUCUGAACCUCCUCACUGCAUACGCAGCGGUGCAUGUCUACCCCUCACCAAACCCGAAAAUGGGGGCUAUACCUGCCACCCAUCCCCCUGUCGAAUGUUUUCCCAUGGCACUGUGAUCGAGUUCUUCUGUGAUGAGGGCUUCAUUCUCAGUGGAGACUAUAACUACCUGACCUGUCAGGAUGGGCAGUGGGACGGCCCCAUGCAGAUCAAUUGUGUAAGCCAAGGUUGUAUAAGACCCUCCAUGGUGCAGCAUGGCUCAACUAAUCUGACAGACACCAACAGGAGCCUGUUCCCAGUGGGCACAGUGCUGCAGUACAGCUGUGACCCUGGUUACCUGCCUGCCGGACCCAGCAUCCUCACCUGCACCACACUGGGUCACUGGUCCUCUGAGCCCCCUCGCUGUAUACACAGUGACGUGUGCCAGCCUCCACAUCAGCCAGAGAACGGGGGCUACACCUGCCACCCCUCCCCGUGCGGAAGACUAUCUCAUGGCACCAUCAUUCAAUAUUUCUGUGACGAAGGUUAUGUUUUGAAGGGAGACAAUAAGUUCCAUACAUGUCAGUAUGGGAAAUGGGACAGCCUAAUGACAGUCACCUGCGUCAUGGAGCAAGGUUGUAUAAGACCCUCCAUGGUGCAGCAUGGCUCAGCUAAUCUGACGGAAACUAACAGGAGCCGGUUCCCAGUGGGUACGGUGCUACAGUACAGCUGUGACUCUGGUUACCUACUAGACGGACCCAGCGUCCUCACAUGCAGUGCUCAGGGACAUUGGUCCCCUGAACCUCCUCGCUGCAUACGCAGUGACGUGUGCCAGCCUCCAUACGAGCCAGAGAAUGGGGGCUACACCUGCCACCCCGCCCAAUGCCAAAGACUUUCUCAUGGCACUGUGAUUGAAUAUUUCUGUGAUGAAGGUUAUAUUCUGAAGGGAGAUUAUAAAUAUCUUACCUGUCAAUAUGGGGAAUGGGACAGCCAAAUGAAGCUCAGCUGCCUCAUGGAGCAAGGUAAAGACCGUGAUCCAACUUUACCACUGGGGAUGCCAGCCCUGUCCAUAGUGGCAUCAACAGCAAGCUCAGUGGCCCUGAUCCUGCUCCUCGUGGUGCUGUUUGUGCUUCUGCAGCCAAAACUCAAGUCCCUCCAUCGACGUGAUCAGGGUGUGUCCGGCCAGCCCGUGUCCAUCAUGGUGGAAGGAGUCCAGGUGACUCUACCCUCGUAUGAGGAGGCUAUGAGCAGUGGUGGAGCCUCAGCUGCAGCUCUCAAUUCUGAGUCUCGAGUCCAAAUAGUGCUGUCUGAGGGUCAGCAUGCCACAGCGCCGGAGGCUGGCCCCUCUAGGCCUUCUUCCCUCAAACAGCAGCAGUCAGAGAUGGCUGUGGUUCACUCCGUACCACCGGCCUCAUCCUCCUCAUCACCCUUACCCUCAUCCUCUGCCUGGGCUCUGGAGCACGCCGGCGCUACAGCUCUUUCAUCCUCACAAAGAAGGCCGUCUGCAGGCAGCGACCAACACAGCUUGUCUCUGGACUCUGAGAUGGACUACUCUGAUGAUAUGCCCUUGCUGAAGGAGGCCUGAAAAAUGCUGCGAGCUUUGGACUUAAGCGAGAACACCAGAGUUGCUACUGACCUGUACUGGUGGAAGCCUCUUGAGAGUUUGUCAACACAGCUGUCAACACAGAACAGCCGGGCUAAAGAGGCCCUGAGUGAAGCUGUGGGUCACUCAGAACAGUUCCUCUGACCAUCCCAAAGGAGAACAGAGAAGGGAUUCAACAUGUACAUACAUGCUUACUUUUUUUUUUUAUAGGAGUUCCUACACUACAUAUGUAUGUCUAAUGUCUGAAGCUCAGUUUGAAAAUGUAGAAUAAAAACAGAAAGGAGCAGGCAUCUCUGAAGGAAUGUGUCUUAAAAGGCUGCUGGGAAAAAAAAUGACUGAUGUUAUUUCAGAUCAAUGGGCAAAACUGCAGACUCGUUUUGGGAGCUAAUAAUCUCAUCAGUGUUUUGGUUACUGCUACUUUUCUUUAACCACAUAUCGUAUCACACCCUUGAAGGCACACAUUGGAAAAGAAGUAUGAAAGCUAGGUAAUCUAGAUUGCUGUCCAAGUCAUGCACACUCACAGCAUUGUGUUUUUGUAAUUAUAUAUCAUUAUUUAAGGUGUUGUUAAUCAUACUCACAUCAUUCUACACGUCACUGUACAGUACAAGGCGGCUUGUCCACCCAAGAGAUCACUCUGCUGUGUUUUUCACUGGAUUGAGGGCAAAUAUUUUAAGUGACUUAUUUUUUUGGGCCUGUAUUCAAAGCAUUUCACCCCUACAAAGAGUUGCAUCUCCACGUGUAUCCUCUUUUUCAUACCCUCUCCCCCAAUGGCCUUAGCUUUCCACUUCUAUGCACAGGUAUCUAUAAUAUGUACAAUAAGGAGUUUUAAAAAUGAAUGUCAGUUAAAUGCCUCCACUGCUUAGUGAUAUUAUGUGUGGCUUUGUCAGACACAUCACUUGUAUACUGGAAAAUAUUAUCUUCUUAAUUUAUUCAGGCUGCUUAGAAACUCUGUUUUAAGUCAGGAAACAGAAACGUGUCUUUUAUUUAUUUGUGUCCAGAACGCUGUUGAUCAGCCGUGGCUUCUUUUGAUGCUUCCACAGCUCUUGGAAACUUUAUAAAAGAAACAAAAAAAAAAAGAAGAAGAAGGUCUUUUCACCUUGCCACCUCAGUUUGAAUUCUACUGGCAGGCACGUUAUAUGUGA